AGGCAUAGACAAAGUUUAUCAUCGAGCUGUCUUCUGUCAUCAGGUGAUCGGGAUUGGGAGUAAAAUUUGCGACGAAAAGAUUACAUUUUAUAGCUCAAAAUGUCUGGAAAAGAUAAAUUAGCUAUUUUCCCCUCCCGUGGUGCUCAGAUGUUGAUGAAGGCACGUCUGGCUGGGGCACAAAAGGGGCAUGGACUUCUCAAGAAAAAGGCUGAUGCCUUACAAGUGAGGUUCCGUAUGAUCUUGAGCAAAAUCAUCGAGACUAAAACUCUCAUGGGAGAGGUGAUGAAAGAAGCAGCAUUCUCUCUGGCUGAAGCUAAGUUCACAACAGGUGACUUCAAUCAAGUUGUGUUGCAGAACGUUACUAAGGCUCAAAUUAAAAUCCGCUCCAAGAAGGACAAUGUGGCUGGUGUCACCCUCCCAAUCUUCGAGUCGUACCAAGAUGGCUCCGACACCUACGAGCUGGCGGGUCUCGCGCGAGGUGGUCAGCAACUCACCAAGCUGAAGAAGAACUUCCAGAGCGCUGUGAAACUGCUUGUUGAAUUGGCUUCGCUGCAGACGUCGUUCGUGACCCUUGAUGAAGUUAUCAAGAUCACCAAUAGACGUGUUAACGCUAUUGAGCAUGUAAUCAUUCCCCGACUGGAAAGAACAUUGGCUUACAUUAUCUCCGAGUUGGACGAACUUGAGCGUGAGGAGUUCUACCGGCUGAAGAAGAUUCAGGACAAGAAGAAGAUCAUCAAGGACAAAGCGGAGGCUGUAAAAAAAAGCAGCCAUGAAGGCAGCUGGCAUAGAGUUACGCGGUAUCGCAAACCUGUUGGACGAAGGCGACGAAGAUUUGCUCUUCUAGAACAUUCGCCGAACGUACUCAUGCAACUUAUAACCUUGUAGUAGAAAAGCUGGCAAGGCACACGUAAUCCAAGCGCCAUUUUGUUUAACAUGUACAGACUAGUGUUGCCAGCUUGAAAUGUUAUGAUAUUAAAAUUCAUUACUCUGUACAUACCUUAAUGUUGUCGUUGUUAUUCACUCGCUUAGAACAUGGUUGAACUGUGAAUUAGGUAUGUGAUAUCGGUUUGUCUAGAGUAGGUGUCUUGUAUGUAAGCAUUCCACAACUUAGUUUGUACUCUGGUUUUAUUUAUAAUCUAACAAUGUUUCCGUUUUUAAAUGUAUUUUGCUCGUUUGUUUAACAAGUUUGAUUUUUAUAGCUAUGACCUUUUAAAGUUGGGGCAGUGCUCUUAAAACGCAUAACGCAGUAUAAGUACACCGAAUAGUAUUUUUUUUCUUUUUGUUGUUUAGGUCAAUAUAUUUAAGUAAGAGAUCAUGUAAAUACAAGAUUGUGAAGCGAUAUAUGAAAUAUAAUUAUUAUUGAUUGAA